AUGGGCCGAACUCUGAUGGAGAAUGGGGCACGGAAUCCGCAGGGCAUCCGCAGGGCAGCAGGGGCAUCUGCUGACAACGAGCACAAGCAGCAGGAACAGGAGCCAAAAAGAGCGGACGAGAAGCUGACUGACAGCAACCAGAUCGGCCAGAAUACGGAAUGCCUUGCAGAUGGGAUGGGGGUUGACAGCAACUUCAAGGAUAGAGUGAGGGGCUUGAGAAGGUCGGGAGGCAGCACCAGGAGGUCCCACCCAGGGUUGGUUUUCUGGAUACAUGGCGGUAGGGACCCGGUGUCUGCCAAUGGGAGCGCGUUACGCUAA